AAAAUAUGACGCUUCUCGAUGUUCUCUGGUAAAAAGUACCAACAUUUUGAGGUUAUAUCGAAAACAUUUUGAAUUGUUUGUAAUUUAAUUUAUAGACUAGUUGAAACGGAAACUUUGAAACAUUCUAUAACGUACACGGCAAAAAAGAAUUCUUCCCUGAUAAAAGUCUGCAGCUGUAAAAUUUGCCCAUUCGUUACAACGUCGUUUUUUCUGAUGAUGAACCACGUUCGCCGUCAUCAGUCGCCUUUGCUACCUUCUAACUGUGCAAACCCCCUUGAUUCUUACCAUUGCAAACACUGCAAUUUUCAAACCGAACUAACGCUGCUUUUCAAGCAACACAUUAAAGAACACCAUGGAAUUAAACACGACAACGACGAUUUAAUUCUACAAUACAAUAAUCAAAAGUACGUUUGCGAAAAGUGCGGUUUUGAGACGCAUUUUUCGCUCAAAUGGUUAUGUCACAUGAACAAGUGUCAACAAUGUAACGAAAAAGCCGGUUUGAAAAAGCACAUUAACGCACGACAUGUAGACGACCUUGGCGGCAAAUGGUACAAAUGCAUACAGUGCUCAUUUAGAUGUAAACACAACUCAUCUUUGUCUCGACACAUGAACCGUUGUCAUUUGAUCGAAGAGGAUGGCGACUGGUAUGAAUGCGAACAGUGCCCGUACAAGACUAGAUAUCGUUCGAACUUAAGGCGUCACCUGAUAAACCACCACUCGAAUGGAAAAAGUAUCACGUGGUAUGAGUGCAACGAGUGUCCGGUUAAAACAAGAAACAAGAGGGUUUUCCAGAAACACGUGAAAGUGCGACAUUCCAACGGACACGGGGGCAUUAAAUGGUACAAUUGUGAAAAAUGCCAAUACAAAAGCGAAUACCGCAACGCUUUAAAUAAACACGUGAAUGCGCGCCAUUUGGACGAGGACGAAAUAGAGUGGCACUACUGCAGUAAGUGUCCGUACAAGUACAAACGCAAAGGAGAUUUGAAUAGACACAUUAACGCUCGGCAUCUGGCCGACCAAGACGCGAAGUGGUACGAAUGCGAACAGUGCUCAUUUAGAUGUAAAUACAACAAGUCCUUGAUGAGACACGUGAACGUUUGUCAUUUGGACGAAAAGGACGGCAAGUGGUAUGAAUGUCAACAGUGUCCAUACAAGACUAGAGAGGCUUCGACCCUAGCGAAGCACGUGAAAUCGCUGCAUUCUGAACAAUAUGACAUCAAAUGGUUUGAUUGUGAAAAGUGCCAAUACAAAACCAAAUACCCUCAGUCUUUAAAGAAACAUAUAAAUAGGCGGCAUUCGGACGAGAAUGAAAUCAAGUGGCACCGCUGCAGUGAGUGUCAUUACAAAUGCAAAGAUAUGAGAAGUUUGAAAGAUCAUAUUAACGCACGGCAUCUAGAUGAUCAGGACGUGAAAUUGGUACGAAUGCAGAUAUUGUCCACACAAAAGUAAGAGUUGUUUGAAUUUAAACGACCACAUAAGAAGGUGCCACUCGAAUGCGAAAAAUGUACUUUUGACACUGUGAAUAAAAAAUAUAUUUAUUAUUAAAAAGCGAACAAGAUUUUCAUAAUAUAAUGACUGAUUUUCCAAAUAAAUAUGAUUUUUUAAAUUAAGAAAA